AUGGACCAGGUUCAUCCGCAUAUAUGGACCGUUGCCCACACGCUGGUGGCUCGUAAUGAGACCAACUCAACCUCCUCCAACUCGGCAGCUGAGCCCAGCCGCCCACCAGUCUUCAAGGCCAUUGGCAUCUCCCUCGCCGUGGCCUCGGGGAUUUUCAUUGGCACAUCAUUCGUUUUGAAGAAAACAGGGCUACUCAGGGCCAAUGCAAAAUACAACGAAGAGGCGGGUGAAGGGUAUGGUUAUCUGAAGAAUUGGUGCUGGUGGUCAGGCAUGACCCUUAUGAUCGUGGGAGAGAUCUGCAAUUUUGUCGCCUACGCCUUUGUCGAUGCAAUCCUAGUGACCCCACUAGGGGCUCUCAGUGUGGUGGUCACGACCAUCCUGUCAGCCAUCUUUCUCAAAGAACGGCUGAGUUUUGUGGGAAAGGUGGGCUGCUUCAAUUGCAUCGUGGGCAGCGUCGUGAUUGUCCUCAAUGCCCCGGAGCAGAGUUCCGUCGCCGAUAUACAGGAGAUGCAACAUUUUGUCAUCGCCCCCGGCUUUCUCAGCUACGCCGGUGUCAUCAUCGCCGUGUGUGCAUUCAUAGCCCUCUGGGUUGGUCCUCGUUAUGGCAAGAAGAGCAUGUUGGUGUACCUGACAAUCUGCAGCCUGAUCGGCGGUCUCAGUGUGGUGGCCACUCAGGGCUUGGGAAGCGCGGUGGUUGCUCAGGCCAGCGGCAAACCUCAGUUCAACCAAUGGUUUCUCUACGUGCUCUUGGUCUUUGUCGUGGCGACACUCCUGACCGAGAUCGUCUAUCUUAAUAAAGCCUUGAACAUUUUCAACGCCGCGUUGGUGACACCCACCUACUAUGUCAUUUUCACGAGUGCCACGAUUGUCACCUCGGCAAUCCUCUUUCGAGGAUUCAAAGGCACCGCCGUCACCAUUACCACCGUCAUUAUGGGCUUCCUGCAGAUCUGCUCCGGAGUGGUGCUUCUGCAAAUGUCCAAAUCGGCCAAGGAUGUCCCAGAUGCAGCCGUCUUCAAAGGUGACCUGGACCAAGUUAGAGAAAUUGCGGAAGUCGAGCAGCCCGAAUCCGAACCCAAGGCCGAUGCCCUCCGUGGCGCUGCCAGCCUGGUAAGGAGGUUCUCGGUUUCGCGGCAAAGGAUGGAACAAGAAGAGGCUAGACGCCUACGAGAAGACAAGAUGAAAGAUCAGCUUGAACCGCUCGGUGAAAAUGAAACCGUGGAAUGGGACGGCCUUCGACGGAGGAAAACCGUCAUUGGCCAGCCAGGCUCCCCUCUCCCGCGAAGGAAGACCGUUCACCCUCCUUUGGGCAUGUCCCGUUUCCCGGACCCGGACGAAGGCGACAACGACCCGGGGCCGGGCUUCUUCGAAAACCUUCGCAAUCGCGCGCAGUCCGUCAUUCGCCACUCGAGCCCACAAGAUGCAGAGAGCAGAGCAGACAACGCCCCGCGGAGCCCUCUAUAUCCGGUCGCGCUGACAGAUAUAAAGCUUCACCCGUCGCAUGCAGAAUCACCCAUCAGUCCGUAUGGUCCGGGAAGCCUCGAAGAUGCCCAGGAACGGAUAUAUGGGUUGCCCCCUGGCAAGCGGAAAGAAGAAGAUAGUCAGGCAGGACUCUUAGCGGUCCGGCCUUCACCGAGAUCGAAACCGCUCCCAGCAAAACCGUCGCCAUCCCCGUCGUUGAGACCCCCUCACGAAGCCAAGCGGCAGUUUUCAUUCACGAACUUGCUUCGUCCGGGUUCCCGCACCCCGGGUGGCGACCGUGAAGCCUCGCGCCCGGCGCUGCAGAGUCGAAUCAGCAGUGCCAGCCACGAACAGAAACGAGCAAGGAAGAACGCAACAGAGGAGGAGAGAUUAGGUCUAGUCAAGGGUGAUUCCUACCUUGCAUUGCUCCCUGAAAUCUCCCACUCUCCUGAGCGUCCUCAGCAGCCCACGUCUCGUGCCCAUCCUAUUUCGCAUUCACAGUCAAGCUCUUCCUCAAGCCUUGACGGCUACUAUCGCGAUCAAUAUCCUUCUCCUUCCCGACAUUCUCUGUCGAAUUCUGACGGGGAUGAUGGCUGGCAGAUGACGGACGUGGAGAUUGCGACGAGCCAGACGAGACCGAAUUUACCAGAUUCAACCCCGGCCGCCGUGAGAGCCAGCACACGGGGCAGACCAAGCCCACCGAGGACUUACCUCCCUCCGACCGUGCCGAAUAUGCCUCCGCAAUACGCUCAGGAGAGACCGAUCCCAGUUCCCGGUACGAUGGUGGGAGGCGGGCCGACACAGGCCAGAGCCACACCAGCAGCGUCCGGCCUUUCCCAGACUUUGUUGACGAGUCAGAACUGGGGUACGGUCCAGAGUCAAGACAGUCCGCCCCAGGGACGUGGAGGUCAUCACCGAGCCCAAGCUUCCGAUGAGAGAGGUAGAGAUCUGACUGAGGGCGAGGGAAGCUUGGCAGCGGGUUUAACAGAGCCCGCCGGUGAUUACGAAGUGAGUCGGAGACGUUUCGAAGAGCAGAGUAAAAGAGAAAGGGAGGAACGGAGGUUGAGGGCCACAGGACGGCGUCAGAGCUGGAAACCUACGAGUCCUGGGGGCGGCGGCGACGGCACCUUUAUUUGA